AUGUUGAUAUGGUGGGAAGACUUAAUACCACGAGUACUAUGGCAGCUGCUGUGGUGCACUAUUUCUUCCAAUACCUACACCCCCAUCACUGCCACGUUCACCUUUGCCACUACGUAUGUUGUUGUUUCUGUCUCGAUUGAUUUUCUUGCCACGAUUGGUAUUAUGAUGACCUUGGGAAUUAGUGAGUUCGAUGGGAUUGGACGUAUAUGGCAACGAAAGAAGCAGCAUAAGUUAGCAGGGCACCUGGCUGAGUUGUUAGUGCAGAAGGACUUUUCAUGGCAGAUUUCUUUUCACGAAAACUUUCAACCCGUCAUUGUAUUGCCUGUUCUUUCCUCCAGAGUAGAAAGAAUAAAACACAUUCACCACAUGAAGGAGAUGCACAAGACCAAUAGUGAAAUAACCCAUACUAGAAGUUACAGACCUAUAACCAAUAUUCCCCAUUCUAGGAACUACACACCACUUCUCGCGGCAACUGGCUCUGGAAUCGUGGAAAUCGUUGAGAAAAUCAUCGACAAGUUUCCCGAGGCCAUUCAUCACGUUAGCCUGGACGGACACAACGUUCUGCACAUGGCUGUGAAGUACCGUCAGCUGAAAAUCUUUAACAUGUUAAAGAAACAUUCAGCAUUCAAAUCAUUGCUAUUCCGGAUAAAUGCAGAAGGUCGUACUCUCUUGCACCAAAUUUCGGAACCGGAGUUUUACGUAGUUCCUGGUGUGGCAUUCCAACUCCAAGACGAGUUGCGCUGGUUCGAAAGAGUGAGAAACAUUGUUCCAUCACACUACCUGAUGCACUGCGACAAAGACGGGCUAACAGCUGAGGAUGUUUUGGAAAUGGAGCAUCGGGAGAUGCACAAAGAAGCAAAAGGGUGGAUAAAGGAAACGGCACAGUCAUGCUCCACAGUGGCUGUCCUUGUGGCGACGGUGGUGUUUGCAGCGGCGUACACCAUCCCAGGAGGCACCAAUCAGAACAACGGCACGCCCAUGUUUCUUGGUUCUCGCGUGUUUCUCUUCUUCACUGUGACGGAUGUAGUGGCACUUGUGAGCUCACUGGCAUCAGUGGUGAUGUUUCUCUCCAUCCUAACAUCCCCUUUUGAGCUGUGGGAUUUCAGAAGGUCUCUGCCUCGAAAACUGAGCUUAGGGUUUGCCUCUCUCUUCUUUUCGCUGGUGUGCACGAUGCUGACAUUCAGUGCAACAGUUUUGCUGACCAAUCGGUUGGAGCAUCACCAGAAAUUGGUUUCGGUUGUGUUUUGCGGUGCUGUGUUCUUUCCUGUUGCCAUCUUUUGGCGAAUGCAAUAUCCUCUUUACAAGGUGGUUCAGCGUCUCGCUAAGCGCCUCUUCAAGGCCCUUAAACAAGCAGUCCCAGUUACGUUGAUCAACUACUCCAGGAAAAGGGCUCAGUGUUGGGAAUUUUAA